GGUCGCUGAGGUGAAGGGACUAUACCUUUCCGCAAGAGAAACACCGCACUGGAAUAAUCAUUGUGCACGCAAUUAAUGGAUAGACGUAGACUCGAUAUGACAGGUAGGGCGUUGCGAAAUGGUGUAAGUGAUCGGUGGAUGUGGUGGGGAGCUGUAGUCUUUGUACUGGGCUCAAGGUUGCGCUCAAAGAAGGUGAUCGGGAGGCGGCGCUAAAAAAAAUGUUCACGCCUUUUUCGCAAGAUCAGCAGCCUUGUCUGCGUGAUAAGGAAAAAAAUAUUCAACCCCACGACUGCCUUCACCAAUUCUCUGACAACAGCAUGGCUUCCGUUCUGAAGCGCAAGAGAGGAUCUCUGGAGGUCCAGGAUGCCACGAAACGUACGAAAUCAGUCUUAGAGGCUGUGAAAAAUCCAAUCCAAAAUAUCGGCGCAGCUGCGGGCUGGGAUAAAGCUUUUGGUCCACGAAACACAACAACUACCAGCCUUAUAAAGAUGGAGAAGGUCAAUGGGGCCGCGGAAGAUGGCGACAGAAAUUCACAGUCGCCAGAAGCCAUUGACUUUGACUUGAUGAAUGCUGGCGACUUUGAUCCAGAUGCUGUCGUUGUGAACAAACCAAAGCCAUGGGCGCUCUCUGAGUCUAUAGGUGGGCGCAUGCUGAACCAUGAGCCAGUGUUCUCUGCAGAUGAAAAGUAAGGAUCAAUGGUAUUCAUAUUAUAGUCCUUGAACUGACUGUCAAUUGCUUAGAAAUCUUAUUUUGGCCAGCCGAACUACGCUCCAUGUCUAUUCAACCGCAACAUCUCUUCUCACCCGAUCAAUUAAGCUCAAUAUUGUUGAACCGCUACCAGAAACUCGAAUUGUUUCAUUUUCCCUGUCUCCAACAACACCAAAUCUAGUGUGGGCCGCUUUCUCGGAUGGGAGGAUUUUCAAAGUUGACUGGACUACGGGCGAGGGUGCCGAGGACUCUUGGAGGAUAUCUUCUACGGGGUGCAUAUACAUGACGGUCGCAUCCAUGGAGUCGGCUGGAAGGAGAAGAGACAUUGUUUUCACAACUGAAAUUGGAAAAAACGACGUAUGGAGAGUGACGGCAAACGAGCUCACGGCGACUGAGCCUAUGGCAAGGACAAUAUACACAUGUAACAGUCGGAUCAGCUUCAUCAAAACUGGAUACGAAGGAGCUGUUAUCGCUGCGACAUCUGGAAAUAAAAUCAUGCUCGGAAAUUUGAGGUCAGCCAACUUUGGCACGGUGGACAAAAUACGAUACGAAUUCCGGGUUUUCGAAUCAGCAGACACCAUUUGCUCCUUGGACCUGAAAGUCUCCAAGAGACCUGCAGCAGAAAACCCAUCGCACCAGUUGAGCCGUCCCAUUGUCGAUUUAGUGGUUGGAGAUGUCCUCGGUUCCAUCUUCGUACACGACGAUCUCUUAGCAAAUCUUCACCGACUUCAAGACGGGAAACUUCCUAAAGGCAUUAGCAUUACACCACGCAGAUUACAUUGGCAUAGAAAAGCUGUACAUACUGUAAAAUGGUCUUUAGAUGGUAUGAUUUGUGUUAUGGCAGUAAAAGUUUAGACUAACAUUUUGCAGGGAACUACAUCAUUUCGGGUGGAACAGAAACAGUUCUCGUGAUAUGGCAAUUAGAUACAGGAAAACAACAGUUUCUUCCUAAUAUGUCUGCCACCAUUCAAAAUAUCACAAUAUCCCCCUCAGGAUCAUCAUAUGCCAUUCAGCUAGCUGACAACUCAUCAUUGGUCUUGUCCACCGCCGAACUUCUCCCCACCACCAACAUUUCAGGUAUCCAAGCAAGCGUCUUGGCUGACGAGAACGCUCCUGGAUCUGAGAUUAAGAGAGUAUGUGAAGAAUCCUGGGAAAAACCCUUGGUUCAGCGUACUCCGGCAGUUAUCAGCCCUGUUUCCUCCUCUGAGUUGUUCCUGGCUGUUGGGCAAACACAAGAAAUCAGUCGUGCCAAACCCCUAAUCAUCGGAUCACCGUUUCUUCAGAACUUUGAUCUUAGAUCUGGCCAUAGUUCUUCCCGUCAAGCUCUCACCAGGGCGCAUACAACCAACAAAAAUACUUCUCCGAAUGCCCAUCGACUGUCAGAGCCAAGGGUAUCUCAUAUGAAAAUAUCAUAUGAUGGUAAAUGGCUGGCUACCGUUGAUGAGUGGCUCCCACCAGCAAGAGAUUUGCUUCACCUUGGUCUUAGCUCAGACGAAGCUGAAAAUGAACGACUAAAGAGACGAGAGGUGUUUUUGAAAUUUUGGGAGUACAACGAGGCAAUCGCUUCCUGGGAGCUUAUCUCACGUAUCGACGCACCACAUACUGUUGCACCUAACUCCGCUUCCCCUGGCCGGAUACUUGACCUCGCGGCUGACCCGGAAUCCUCUCGAUUUGCAACCAUUGGUCAGGAUGGAGUUGUUUGUAUUUGGUCGACAAAAGCGCGAAAGAGAGAUGGUGUUCUGGUGAAGAAUCCAGCCGGCAAAGCUUUGCGCAAUUGGCGCUGCCAGCAUGCCAUCUCCGUUGGAAAGCUAGAAUUGCCAGAAGAGCUUGGCAAGGUCUAUGAACCUGUUACUAGCGGCAGUGUUGCAUUCUCUGAUGAUGGAUCCGUUUUAGCUGCAGGAUGCAGUGGCCAAGCUGGUGUACUUAAUUUCCUCGAUUCACAGACAGGUAUCAUCCGCCAUUCACAGACGAAUCUCUUCGAAGGAGAGAUCAUCAAUAUGGAGUUUCUUGGGCAGGACUUGAUAAUCCUUGCAAACCGAUUAUCAGUUUACGAUUUGGUGUCGAACGAUAUCCGGCUUCAAAUCAGGUUGAGUUCCCGCCUGGUAGACCUGUCUGUAGAGCAGAAGCAAGAAAUGGUGCACUUGGCAGUCGAUAAAAAGAGCAGAACAUUUGCUGUCGCCUUGCCAACCUCAUAUUCUGGCAAGAAGGAGGACAAAACGUCGCUGAGGCACACAUCUUCUGAAUUGUUUGUUUUCCAACAAGACAACCCCGAACCUGAACUCCAAGAGAGUCUAUCAACAUUAGUGACAGCUUUGUUGCCGGCUGGUGAUUUUGAUGGGUAUCUUGCUCUCGAUGCAGCGGCCGAAGUUCGUACAGCGUAUAAGAAGGGAACACAAGUCGUUACCAAUUUGGCUCAAUCCACGUCCGCUCUACAACUGGAAGAAGGCGUGGAAGAGCCUGCCGAAGUACCUGUACCUGAGAUAGAAGGUGUUGUGGAUGACGACGAUGAUUCCGAGAUGGAACUAGCCAUUCGUACCACUACGAAGAACGAGGAUGAUGACGAUGAGGAUAACGACACGCCUGUUGUAACACAACAAGAACUGUCUGAAAUCUUCGAUAUUGGUCCCGCUUUUGCCCUCCUUCCGAUAGAGGAAAUGUUUUAUCAAGUUGCGGGUUUGUUCUCUAGCAAACCACAUCUUGUACAAAGCGUUUCAUAAAUUCAAUAUUCGUCAAUUGGGGUGGAUUUAUUUGCAUAGCGGAUCAAUUGUUUUCGUACUUCAGCGUCGGGUUGUUUUGUACUGAAUGGGUGUUUGGGAUAGGUACAAAAAGCACUUUUCCGCAGUUACAUACC